AGGAAGUUGGAGCCUAUUGAACAGGAUGUGUGAGACAAGCAGAUUGAAAGAAAAAAUGACAAUCACAACCAUGAAUUGAAUAAAAUAGGGCACAACCUCAAAUCAGACCAUCACAGUGGAGCAGACGGCCUCCUAACAGCUCUCAUACAGGACUGCAGCAGGACUUUAAACAUUUGUUCAGGAUGAACAGAAAACCACAGGAGGAAAUUGAAGAAAUGGAGGAAGAAGCUGACUAUGUUAAUGCUCCAGUAUGUACUGUGGAUAAAGUGGCAGCCCCUCCAGACCAGAGGUCUCUCUUCUUCACUCAGUCUUUUCCACUGAUAGCAGUGUGUUGGCUGAUACUGUUAGUCAUCAUGGGCCUUCGUAUCCACUUUACUUCUGUCAUUUCUGAAAACGACGCCAAGCUGACGGCAGAAAUCCAGCAGCUGGAGACACUGAUGCAGCAUCUGAAUUUAUCCAAAGACAACGAGACUCUACUGGCUGCCAUUCAGCACCUGACAAACCUCAACGACAAACUGAGCUCAGACAAUGAGAAGUUGAGGAGGGACUACGAUGAUCUGACAGCAGUAACAAACUGGAAUAAACUCAACGUCAGUCGAGCUCAGUGGAGCAUUGAUGCCUACUGCCCCAAAACAAAUAACAGGAGACAGUGUAAAGCUUGUCAGGAGGACUGGGAUCUCAGCGGGUCUAACUGCUAUGUGUAUUAUAACGCUGCUCCUCCUCAUCAGAAAACCUGGGAAGAAGCUCGAGAAAACUGCAGAGGAAAGGGUUCAGAUUUGGUUGUUGUACAUAAUGAAGAGGAAAAGGAUGCACUCAAUAAAUACAGCGUGGGUAGUUCAGGAACUGAUGGAUACUGGUUUGGCCUGAGAGCUGAAGGUGGGAGAUGGAAGUGGAUUGAUGGAAGUAAUCUGACUGAAAGCUACUGGACACCACAACCUCCUCCUACUGCUACUGAUGGUCAGUGUGGAAUGUCUGUCCAGAACGUAGGAUGGAGAUCAGUGAACUGUACUGAGAAAAAACAAUGGAUCUGCAUAAUGAAGGUUUUAUCUGUUUAAACACUGCAGUCAGACUCUACAUAAUAUCAACU